CUCACAGCUCCUGCCAGGAGAAAGGAGCAUUCUGAGGGGAGUCUACACCCUGUGGAGCUCAAGAUGGUCCUGAGUGGGGCUCUGUGCUUCCGAAUGAAGGAUUCGGCAUUGAAGGUGCUUUAUCUGCAUAAUAAUGAGCUUCUAGCUGGAGGGCUGCAUGCAGGAAAGGUCAUUAAAGGUGAAGAGAUCAGUGUGGUCCCCAAUCGAUCUCUGGAUGCCAGGCUGUCCCCAGUCAUCCUGGGCGUCCAGGGUGGAAGCCAGUGCCUGUCGUGUGGUACAGGGCAGGAGCCAAUCCUAACCCUAGAGCCAGUGAACAUCAUGGAACUCUACCUCGAUGCCAAGGAAUCCAAGAGCUUCACCUUCUACCGGCGGGACUUGGGGUUCACCUCCAGCUUCGAGUCAGCUGCUUAUCCGGGCUGGUUCCUUUGCACCAUGCCCGAGGCUGACCAGCCCGUCAGACUCACCCAGCUUUCCGAGAAUGCCACCUGGGGUGCUCCCAUCACGGACUUCUACUUCCAGCAGUGUGACUAGGGCAGCAUUCCCCCAGACAUCUUCCCCAGGAAGAGCCAGCUUGGG